AUGGAGGUACAGUCAUUUGUGUACAGCGAGAAGAGCAGUGGGGAGACCUUGGUUGAUAUAAAAGCAAAUUCCGCCGCCUUUUUUCUUGCUGGAAAGCUCCGCGUUGCGGUCCGCUCGGUGGAGAUGAAAGCCGUGCAGGUGGAGCGAGCUGUCCGGGACGGAAUCGAGCGAAGGUUUGUCAUGUGGAUGCUGGGUAGCGGUGUACGAAGUCCGCGCUGUCGGAGUUUGACGAGCGCUCCGGCGCGCUUCCCACGUCUGCGCAUCCGCCUGCGUCUGCUCAGGAGCGCAGCCGCUCCGCUGACCAAAAUGUCCAAAAAACUGUUUGAGCUGGUUGGUGAGAAGUGGAAGGAAGUUUGUGGUUGGGUGAACGUGUUAAACCAUCAGUUUAUUCCAGGAACUGAAGAAGUUAAGACGCUGGAGGUCCUGGUCAUCUUAUUGGUUUUCCCUAAGCAAAACUCCUCCCCUCACUGUCCCUUGAAAAGAGGCGGUAAAGCUGAUGCAAGAGUCUCUCUCAGAAAAAAAGGAACACGCUUUCGACCCAAGAAAAAGGCCCCAACUCGACACUCUGGACUUCAACAAGGAAGAGCUAAAGCCAUCGGACCUGAGAAGAUCACCAGAGGACAGCUGACCCGACUGAAUCCCCAGUCUGCUGUACUCUGUCGAGAAUUCUCCAUCGAUCUACCAGAGAAGGUUGAAGCUCUGAAUGGAAGCUGCGUUCUUCUACCCUGUACAUUUCAGAUUAGAAAGGAAUUUGAUUCAGACUUACAGAACGAUCCUACAGGAAUCUGGAAAAAAUCCUCCUUUCUCCACGUAACAAAUGAUGUAUGGAAUGAAAAUCGCUACACUGAAGUUUUUAACUCCAAACAAUCUGAACAAAACCAGAUUAAAGGGAAAAUAACAGGAGAUCUGAAACAGAAGAACUGCACCACCAUCUUCUACAACAUCCAGGAGAGCAACACUGGAAAUUAUAUGUUCAAAUUAGAAACUCCAGGAGCUCUGAAAUGGAAUUUUAAAGAACGAACUGUUUCCAUAAACGUGAGAAGUAACGUGACUUCUCCCUCAGUGACCCUGUAUAAGAAGAAUCAGAUGGAGGAGCAGAAGGAGGUUCUGGAGGGAACUUCAGUGAGUCUAGUUUGUUCUGCUCCGUCUUCAUGUCCUUCUAACCUCCCAAAUUUCACAUGGAGCUUCCUGCCCGAGGAGAAGAUUCUGAACCAGAACACCAGCUUCAGUUCCUCUACACUGAACUUCAGAGCUUCUCACCUGCAUCACGGCCUCAAUAUCACCUGCACCAUCACCUACCAGCUGGAGAACAAGAACAUCAGAUCAGCUCAGAGUUCUUUUACUCUUCGUGUUCUGUAUGCUUCUAAAAACACCAGGCUGAAGGUAUCUCCAUCAGCUCCGGUUUUCCUGGGCUCCUCAGUGAAUCUGAGUUGCAGCAGUGAUGCCAACCCAGCAGUGCUGAACUUCACCUGGUACAGAAGGAACGGAGAGCAGAUCGGAACUGGGAACCAUCUGAUCAUCAACAAGACUGAUGAGACCCACCAUGGUUUAUACUGUAGAGCUCAAAACCAGCAUGGAGAUCAGAACUCAUCCAUCUACCUGGAUCUUCAGUAUGCUCCUAAAAACACCACGCUGAAGGUAUCUCCACCAGCUUUGGUUCUUCUGGGCUCCUCAGUGAUUCUGAGUUGCAGCAGUUAUGCCAACCCAGCAGUGCUGAACUUCACCUGGUACAGAAGGAACGGAGAGCAGCUCAGAACUGGGAACCAUCUGAACAUCAACCAGACUGAUGAGAUCCACCAUGGUUUAUACUGUAGAGCUCAAAACCAGCAUGGAGAUCAGAACUCAUCCAUCUACCUGGAUCUUCUGUACGCUCCUCAGAUCUCUUUCUCCUCCCGCUGUAACACCGACCACACCUCCAUCCAGUGCUUCUGUGUGGUCCAUGGUUACCCCUCUCCCAAACUGGAGUGGCAUCUCUCUGAUCAAACUCUUCUAAAUGAAUCGACCAUCCAAGAGUCUGUGAGCAACGUGACUUUAAACAGCUCUAUAUCCAUCCAUCUACCACAAACGAAGGCCACGCCCAUCCUGCAGUGUGUUGGCACCAAUCACCUGGGCGUGGCCACUCAGAUCUUCUCCUUUAUUGAUGGAGCUCAGGUUCCUGAUUCAUCUGCAGGUUAG